AUGCUUGAGGCUUCCGCAGCCAAGGGUUGUCAUCUCUGCAAGUUGUUCCUGCGAGCCCUCAUGAAGAGCGAACGGCCAGAUGGUGACCAGCAUUUGCCGGACCGCCCAGUAUAUCUCUCGUUUGGUCGAGCGGACUUUGCAGGGAGAGGCACGCGGAUCGAUGUGAGAAUUGAGCCCGAGAGUUUGGAGACUGCCGGGAGGCCCAGGAUAUCCGGUGACAUGGCACCAGGAUACUCUAUACUACCGGGAGCCAUGAAAGAGAGAACCCUUGCAACAUCACGAUUGACACACAUCGCAGGGGAGGAGUGGUUCUGGAUCGUUGACUGUGAAGAUGGCUACGAGUACUUUCAAGGUGCUACUGAGAUUUCUGCGGCUGCGUUCUGGGCGUUGGUAAAUCCCUACUACUCCACCAAAGUUGAGAUCUAUGGACUUCGAGCCAAUACGACAUCCGUACUUGAGAAAUGUUCGUCCAUCGAGGACUUAUCCACUGGUUCUGCUGCUGGUUUCCAUCUGGCGUUGAACUGGCUUAGGACAUGCAUGACUACACACUUCCCAUGCCGUCACUUCGCUCCGGUGCUUCCCAACUUACCAACAAGGGUCAUAGACAUUGGUCAGUCAGACCGUAGGAUGGCUCCUCGACUCCACGUAUCGACAACGAACCAAAAAGGGUUCUAUUUCACACUCAGUCACCGCUGGGGGACGUCUAAUCAUUGUCGAACGACGAAGAGCCGACUGCACGAGUUCCAACGCGAGAUCCCUCUGAAUGAACUGUCAAAAACAUUCCUAGACGCCAUAGACAUCACACGGAGGCUGGGAUUUCGCUAUCUGUGGAUCGACUCGUUAUGCAUCAUCCAGGAUGACGAGUCGGACUGGCAAACAGAAGCUGCGAAGAUGGGAGACGUGUAUCGACAAGGCGCUUUGAAUCUUGCUGCCGUGGACUCAGACGAGCCCGGGUGUUUCAGAGAUCGAGACGGGGCUGUGACACGGCCCUGCAAACUUGACAUCGAAAUCCCCGAUGGAAUACUCCCUUUGCGAGAUGGCGACAUCAUCCACGCUUUGCCCAGCCAGAAAUUGGGGCCUAAGAAGCCUUCUCAGGCGUAUCGUGGGCCUCUUGACUCUCGUGGAUGGGUCCUCCAAGAAUACAUGCUCGCCCGCAGAACGCUCAACUUCGGUAAAAAGAUGAUCUACUGGGAUUGCUUGACGAUGCUUGCCUCGGAGCCACUGCCGGAUGGUCUGGAAACGGGCGACAUAGGAAUUAAUGACGACGGUGAUUUUGUCCAGCGAUUCAAAGCCGGCAUAAGUGGUGACUUCCAAAAGUUGGAAGAUCCGCUGAGCACAGCCAGCCAGGCCUUUUCUCGGAUUUGGUUCUUGGCUGUUGAAGCAUAUACACGCCGCAAGCUAACUUUCGAGAAAGACAGACUAGUUGCGAUUGCAGGUUUGGCUAUUGAGUACCAGAAGGUGACAGGCGACGUGUAUCUGGCGGGAAUGUGGAAGCGAGAUCUUCUUGAUGGGUUGCUGUGGAGUGUUUGGGCGCGCGGGUGUCCUACAGUCGGAAACACGGUGGCCCAGAAGGGUGACCACGGUCCGUACGGAGAACGCUAUACGGACUUCAAAGCGCCGUCGUGGUCUUGGGCGUCUGUUUCGGGUUACAUCCGAUACAUUGAACAAUACGAGCAUGAUGAUCGAGUCGGACAGAAAUUCAUGGCCGAUCUGCUUCAUGCAGAGUGCACUCCUUUAGAUCCACGCAUGACCUCGUACACAUACAGCGGCCACCUACUCAUACGCGGCCAACUUCUGGAGGCCACCAUCCAGGCUAUGAACCCUUUUUCAGUUGACUGGGACACUCAAAAGAACACUGGUUCCAUGUUGCAGAUGCUCCACUAUACCAGGGAAAUGGAAAAAUUGGCUGCUUUACCUCUGUCGACCACAAUAAAACCAAAGGAAGUGCAGGCUGGACCAUCGAAACGAAUACUCCCGGUCGAAGGGGAAGGUGGUGACACAGCUCUUCCUACAUCAGUCGAGGUCGAUCAGCGUUCAGACAACGCGCCAGACGCCAAGGGUAAGGUUGUGCUGUCAGGGAUGGAGGAGUUGACGGAUGAACAGCCUGUUCCACAUACCCCGUCCGCAACUUCAGCACCGUUCCCCCGUGGACCCGAUUACACGAGGCUGACGGAGGGGAUGCUGAGUGCCUUUGCUCCAGGCAUCGAUAUGGACGAGUUACGGUCCGCCAUCAACAUCAAAGCGAACCACGUCACCAUCGACGUGCGUGCAAUAAAACGUGCUGGUGAGAGGACACUCAAUAAGAUGCCAUAA